GCGAAACGUGACUGAGGAGAUGAGCUAGAUAAGACGCCCCUUGAAGUCACGCGUGUUGUUUUUAAUCCGCGCGAUAGCUGGAGAGCAUUCAAUUGAUGCGAGAAGACAGCAAUUAUGUCGUUAGAUGCUGGUUGAGGCAGCACAAUAAAUCUGUGUCAGUGCCAAUCAGAUCAUCCGAAACGACGGUCACAGAAUGGAUUUCAAGCUGGAACAGAUCGGUAAGAUCGACAUUGGGAAUGUGGAGAAAAAUCAAAAGGUUAAUCAGCUUCUCGAACGGCUACACCUACCCGCGGAACAAUUGGCACGAGUUGCGGAGAUUUUUGAGGAAGAAAUGGAUCUAGCACUUGCAGAUAGGCCAUCGUCGCUCCAAAUGGAAAAUACAUAUGUGCCUGAGUUGCCAAAUGGACGUGAAACUGGAAAGUACCUAGCUCUGGAUUUGGGCGGGACAAAUUUCCGCGUUUUACUGCUUGAACUUCAAAAUGGCGUCGGUGUGCGCGAAGAAGUGGAACAUUUUGUGAUUUCCGAUGAAAUUCGUUUAGGUGAGGGUAGAGAUCUAUUUGAUCGUCUAGCAGAGUGCCUGGAGACAUUCCUUGUGCGCCUAGGGAUGCAACAUGAACGCCUAGCUUUGGGUUUUACCUUCUCCUUCCCAAUGCAUCAUCGUGGAAUUGAUUCGGGCACCCUUGUUACGUGGACUAAGAGCUUCAACUGUGCCAAUGUUGAGGGGGAAUGUGCUGUACGCCUGCUACGGGAAGCCAUUGCUCGUCGUCAUCUUCUUGUGGACAUUGUGGCCAUUGUGAAUGACACAACAGGGACACUGAUGCAGGGAGCUUUAAUGGAACCACGCACACGUAUUGGAAUGAUCCUUGGAACAGGGUCCAAUGCUUGCUAUAUGGAAGAAGCUGAUCGUGUAAAACAUUGGGAGACGCAACAUGAUCAAGUUGAGCAUGUUUGCAUUGAUAUUGAAUGGGGGGCAUUUGGUGAUAAUGGCCGCAUUGAUUUCAUCAAGACUCCGUACGAUGUUGAGGUGGACAAGGAGUCCCUACUUCGAGGAUCUUUUACAUUUGAAAAGUACAUCGGUGGGAAGUACCUCGGAGAGCUUUUCAGGGUAAUCUGUGGGCAUUUAGUGGAGCAGAAAGUUCUUUUUGUUGAUGCCGAUGCUACCAAGUUUCCUGACAAGUGGACAUUUCCAACGAAUAACAUCUCAAUGAUUGAGCAAGAUAAUCUUGAUGAUACAACCCAUAGAACUUGCUCAAUUCUCCAGAAUUUGGGGUAUGUUGAAAAGGAAAUUUCUCAAGCAGAUGUUGCCAUUCUUAAGCAUGUAGCUGCUUUAGUGAGUAACCGUGCGAGUCAUUUGGUAGCCGUUCUCCUAAGUGUCCUCCUCAGGAGGAUUGGCAACACUGAAGAGACCGUAAUUGCCGUUGAUGGAUCUCUCUAUCGCCACCAUCCACGUCUUCGGACAUGGAUUGAACGGAAUAUGAUGCAAAUGGUGCCGCAGCAUCCAUUUAGACUCAACCUAGCCUUGGAUGGAAGUGGCAAAGGGGCUGCUCUUGUAGCUGCUAUUGCAGAUCGAUUGGCUUCAACGAAAAAAUGAUGUAACGGCCAUUUUGAAAAUUCUGUGAAGCACAAAUCGGAAGAAAGUUAUUAUUUAUUCCAAAGAAAUAAUGGAUCAAAUCUUCAGACAUUGGGCAUGAAUGCAAUUGUUAUAUAUUCCAGACUAUAUGGAAUUUGAAGUCCUACUUCUAGAACUUGGGAUUACUAGCUAAGUAGUUUUUGUUUUCUUUCUAGGGUUAUUCAAAUAAAAGAAUUUUGUUUUUGUCAUUGUCA